AUGAAGGUUUCUUGUCUUAUUCUCUUCCUUGGGAUCUCAAGAUGCUACGGGCGUCUUGUUGGUCAACCGAUCAAAACAUCCAGCGGCCCAGUUAGCGGCCACGCAGCGACUGUCAAUUCAGAUGUCUCCGUAUAUCUCGGCAUCCCUUAUGCACUUCCACCAGUUGGAAAUCUGAGAUUUAUGCCACCGAAGAAAUACCAUGGUGAUAAACCCAUUAAUGGAAGCAGUAUUGGAUACGCUUGUCCGGCCAACACACCAUUCGCCGCUCGUGGCAAUGAUCUUAACAAUUACGAUAUGGCCCUUGCGAACCUGACUGCCCAAGGAAUUGCGACUCUCUCGGACCUAUUUCAAGUCUCGGCAACUUUUAGUGAAGACUGCCUAACUCUAAAUGUCUGGGUUCCUGCUGGUGGGGAACCACACAAGGCUGUGAUGAUCUAUGUCUACGGGGGUAGUUAUACCGGAGGGAGUACUCAGAUUGGUUAUUACGACGGACAGCAUCUUGCAGCUGAACAAGAUGUUAUCGUCGUCACCCUCAACUACCGGGUCGAUAUCUUGGGAUUCCAUGGCGAUCCAGAGUCUGAAAAUCAUAACCCCGGAUUCCUUGACCAGCGGAUGGCUGUAGAAUGGGUAAGAGACAACAUAGGCGCUUUUGGCGGCGAUGUCUCAAGAUUGACGUUAUUCGGUCAAUCCGCUGGUUCUGCCUCAGUGGACCACUAUGCCUAUUCCUAUGCGUCUAACCCCAUCGUUUCUGGCUUCAUUAUGGAGUCUGGUGCGGCUGGUUUUGGGAAGGCCUUGCCAUCGAACAAUGCCGAAGCAUGGUACAGCGUCUCUGAUACUCUUGGUUGCGGCACAAACGCUACUUCUAGUCAUCAGGAUAUACUUUCGUGUCUACAAGCGAAGGAUUUCAAAGAGUUGUUUGCUGCAAUCGGAUCCAAUAGCUUCGGGCCCAGCGUCGACGGCAUCACUGGCUUUGCCGACUAUCCCGCUCUUUCGAAAGCAGGCAAAUUUGCUCAACUCCCUGUUUUGACUGGAAAUAACGAUUUCGAGACCGGCGCAUACAUUCCCUUAUUUGCUCUCAACGGCGUCACUCAAGACCAUCAAUUCUGGGUUGAUUACGCUAAUAGGGAGUUUGCGUGCCCGGCAGGUGCACGAGCGAAUGUCAGCGCCUCACAUGGUCUUCCUAUAUGGCGUUACCGGUGGUUCGGCAACUUCCCAAACACUCGCCUGUUCACCAACCCCGAUAGCGGCGCCUGGCAUUGCUCCGAGAUUGCCUUCAUCUGGAACACGCUCCCUACCGGACCAGGAAUUCCUCCGGAUACCGCGACGGAAGUUUCAAUUAGGGGAUAUAUUCAGGGGGCAUGGGCUGCUUUUGCAAAAUCUCCCCUGACAGGGUUGACGAAGUACAGGGGUGGAUGGCCUAAAUAUUCGCCUUUUGAGCCAUCGUUGAUUAGGUUGGCCUAUGAUAAUGUGACGGGCACGAAUGUUGCAUCGUCUGGAAUUUAUGACGAGGCCUGUCUCACGACCUAUCCCAUAGGCGAUAAAGAUCAUUGA